UUUUUGGGAUAGCUACUCUAGACAGCGUCUUGUUAGGGAUCCUGCAUAAUAGUUGAUCUUGAUAUCAAUCUUUAUUCCUGUGGGUCCUGGCUAACUUUACCUCUUUAAAUGAUUAACCCGCUGAGGGCUUGUCUUCGGAGUUCUCGGCUCUGCUACCCCCAGCAGACUUGCAGUUAUUUUGGAAACUCUCAGCUCCCCGAGGUCUCCUCUUCAAUGAUGUGUUUACUUUUCUCCUUUGGUGUGGUCAAACGCUUGUGACAGAUCACUUAUCGGUCUCUGGAUGCGAGCAUUCCUUCUCAGUGUGAAGACAAGACGCUUUGUUUGAGGUCUGCACAACAAGACAGAGGAAAGACCGCAAACAAAGGCUCUGCAUGUGCAGGCUCAGCGCGUGCUGAGGAUCUCAGAUUGGCCUCGAGCUCUUGUGAGUGCAACUCGCCGUUGCCGCUGCUGCUUCUUUCUUCGUUUCUUAAUCUGAGGACGAUUAAAUAUGGACGGAAGAAUUUAAAGAGGGGUUCAGACUGUGAGGAGAUCGGAUAAGAUUUACCAGGAUGGCUGCCUCAAGAAACUACAAAAAUCUGUGGAUGCUUUAUGAGAAAGAGGUGCCACACAGCAGGUUUCGUGAUCCAGCCUGUGGCGUCAGUCCCGCUGAGAAGCUGAGUCCAGAGCACCUGGAGCUCUUGAGAAAUGCAUUUACCUGUCCAAAAUCUGGACCACAGAAACAGGAAAAGAGUUUGAAGGGAAGGGAUAAGGGUGGAAGUGAAGAACAUGGAAUGAAGUUUGAAGAAUUUCGGGAGGUUCUGAGGUCUGUGAUUGGUCCAGAUAUUCAGGACGCAUGGGUUGAGAGAUUCUUCAGCGAGGUAGAUAUCAGCUGUACCGGGCUUUUAAAGUGGCAGCAGCUGUGCUCCUAUUUGAUUCUGGAGUACACAGAGAGACAGCGCGCCUCCAUUCCCACAGCUGCUCUGCUGGACUCCCAGCCUCAGAUCAGACACUGUUCUCACAACAAGCGGGAGCCAACAGUCCGUGUGGUUGCAAUUUCCCAUCCUCCUCCUCUCCGCUACAUUAGUGUCAGCAAAGGGGGUCAGAUCACUGUCUGGAACAGCAGCCUACACAUCAUUAAAACUUUAGGGCUUGCUGGAGACCCAUCAGAGGAAGUGGCCAACACGAGGAGAUUCAGAGGGUGGACCACCGAUGCAGUGUAUAUGGGCACUGUCCAUAGGGUUGCCAUAGCAACGGACUGCAGGGACUUGCACUUUGUCAAUGUCUCUCCAACCAGUGUGUUUGAAGACGUCCACAUAUUUGGGUUUCGCAGCGUCUUGACUGCUCUUUGCUAUUGGCACGACACACAGUGUCCAGAGCAGCCUCCUCUGCUGCUGCUGGGGGAUGAAAAGGGAGGAGUCCACCUGCUGUGGUUCCUGAACCCAUCUAAAGGUCUUUUCAAGAAUCCAUCAAAGAAAGACAAAGGCCCACAAAGGAUUUUUUUCCCAGACCUUGGAGAGCAUAGCAACACAGUCUCCUACCACCACAUCCCCAACAUCCACCAGGAACCAAUCACCAGAGUGAUGUUUGAACCCAGCACCAACGUCAUCAUGACGUCAUCAGAAAGUGACACUACGUCUGUGGUCUUUGUGAAUGUGUCACUGAAGCAGCAGCCCUACGUUUGGAAAUUUAAGCAGGGAGCAAAAUGCUUUGACUACAAUGCGUCUCUGCAGCUGAUGGUCACAGGGGGCUGUGACCAGACAGUGAGAUUGUGGAAUCGAUAUGUGACCACAAGUCCUGUAGCUACACUGCGGGGUCACCACACUGCUGUAUUGGAUGUUGCAAUCUACCAACCCGUUGGGCAGAUCUUCAGCUACUCCAGAGAUGUUGAGCUGAGGAUAUGGGACAUUUCUACCCACCACUGUCUGAAAACUGUCCUUGUGCAGUUUCCCUGCCUCAAACCAGGUCGCAUCCCAGAACAUGGCAACUUCCCUUUCCUGUUAAUGACUCCUCCUCUUCCUGAAGAGACACGACCCCAUUUGGUGGUGGCAUGCAAAGAUUACCUGGCUGUGCUGAGUUUGGCUGAAACAAGACGAGGAGGAGGCGGUUGGUUGAGAGAUGAAGGAAAGGAAAAUGGAACGGAAAUUCAAUGUGCUGCAUCUCUGGCCUGUGCUCUGUACAACCCCACCCUCAGGCAGGUGGUAACGGGACUUUCGGACUCCUCUAUAUCUCUGUGGGACGUAGAGACAGGGAGGAGGCGACUUCACAUUUCAAAUGCUCAUGGGGAAGAAGAACUCACCUGUAUGACGUUGGACUCCACUCACAGAAGAUUGAUCACUGGAGCUCGUAAUGGCACUAUUAAGGUAUGGAAUCUACUAAAUGGUCUUAACUUGCACAAGUUGGAGCCUAUCACAGACUCUGAAGUCACUGGGUUGACCUGUCUCCAUGACAACCAGCUGCUGGCUGUGGGGUGGAGCCAACGCAUUGCUCAGUACAACAUUGCAGGAGCCAAGGAUUUGAAAGUGAGAGCAGACAUGUCGUGGAAGUCCACCGGGGUCCACAAAUCAGACAUCCUGGCCGUCGGUCAGUGUCCCUCUCUGGGGGUUGUUGCUACGGCGAGUUAUGAUGGAGAGGUAGUCAUCUGGAGGCUGGAGACUCAAGGCCCACUGCUGCAUCUACGGAACAAGACACAGGGCCGAGCGACACUCCCCGUGGAGAACCUCUUGUUCCUCCAGCACCGAGCCGGCAACAAAAAGUUGAGAAACAGGGGCGUCCUGGUCCUGUCACAGGCUGGCUGGCUGCGGUUCUGGGGUAUCACCGGAGAGGAGCAUAGUUAUGGUCAGUUCUUUGCUCCAGAGGAGUCAGGUGAGUGUGUGCUCUCCCUGAGCUCCGAUCAACCCAAAAACACAAUUCUGGUCUCAGGUGACACAACAGGGAGGCUUCAGAUCUGGGACAUCUCUUCCUACGCAUUGGACGUCCAGCAUGAGCCCAUUUGUGAACGUCCUCCCUUGCUCCAGUGCUGGCUGGCUCAUAAAAGGGCUGUGGUGUGCGUGGAAGUCAUUGAAGUAGCUGACAGGCUGUUGGUGCUCACAGCAUCGGUUGACGGUUCAGCUGGACUGUGGACGAAAGACGGAGGCCGUGUGGGCCUCUUUGGACAGGAAGCGAUUUGGAAUGUCUCCACCCCAGCUGCUUAUCAUAGGAAGAUGGAGAGUGAUCAGAGGAAAGAGGAGAAGACUGACAAACUGGGACUCGAGAGGGUCAGAUGCCAAGUACCUGAGUCCGCCAGUCGGGGUCCUACUUCACAGGAAGAGGAGGAGGAGGAGGAGGAGGAGGAGGAGGAGGAGUGCUGUUCUGAUGCGUCAUCCACCGGCCCGGCAGAGAACGAUCAAGAGCAACCUCAGCAGCCCAUGUAUCUGUGUGAGGAGGUUUGCCAAACAGUGGCUUCAUCCCGCGGGAGGAGACGUCUCACUGAUGACAUCGACCGCAGCAGUCACCGCUGAUUGGCUCCGCUUCAUCAGACUGCAUGCAGGUCCUGCAGACUGGAUCCUGCACGGCCUUCCUGAUUCCUCCUCUAUUUCAUGUUUUGUCUUAUUGUUGAUCCUUCUCUUCUUUAACCUCAAUGUCUGUCAGUCUCAUCCCUUUAAAUGUGAACGCCGCCACAUUGUGAAUUUGUGGCCCAGUCGCUGGUUUGUGUGUAGAGGCCACUGGGAGGUCAAACGGGUAUUUCUGUUCUUCAGCUGUUCUGUGAAGGAAACGUCUUAAUGAUAUUGCUCCGUAAUCUCCACGUUUAUGAAAAAAUAUUUUCUGAAGCUGAAAAGUCUGUUUUUUAUUUUUCUGUUUUUUUUGUUUUUUUUUCAUUCCACCUCCAGGAGGAUUUACCCACAAUCCACUGAGACUGGUAUCAGAAUCUGACUGGCAACACGCAGCCCAGUUCACUGUGUCUGGAAGGAAAAGUGAGUUUCCAGUCAGACAUAGACGAAGAUCCACAACAUUGUUUCUCUGCAUUCCUUUGAUUUUAUGAGGUCGCCUCGAAACUGCAAACUGAAUGUGUCCAUUUGAAUUUUUGAUAUUGAUACUGUGCUACAGGAUAUCCACUUUGAAUCAGGCUGCAGUAUACUGUACAAUGCACUGUCUGUCCUCCACUGUAGAUACUUGGUGUUCCCUUUCUUAUUUUAUUGCACUCGCAUCUUUUCUUGAUGUCUGGCGCAUUUCUUGUUGACAACAUACAUUUUU